AUGGCUGGCUCUUACGAUCCCAAUGAUCCCGAUAUGAAAUAUCUGGCUGUAGACAGAAAGAAGUUGAUGGAAGAACAAACUAAAGCAUUUGAUGGUAAAAAAGCUUGUUGGGUUCCUGAUCCUCAAGCCUCUUUCUUACCAGCUGAAAUUGUUAGUAGUAAAGGUGAUGAAAUCACAGUGAAAAUUACCACCAACAAUGAGCAAAGAACAGUGAAGAAGGAUCAAAUUCAACAAAUGAAUCCACCAAAAUAUGAGAAAAUCGAAGAUAUGGCCAAUAUGACCUUCUUGAAUGAGGCUUCAGUUCUUCAUAAUUUAAGAUCCCGUUAUACAUCAGGACUUAUCUAUACUUAUUCAGGAUUAUUUUGUAUCGCUAUUAAUCCUUAUAAAAGAUUACCUAUUUAUACAUUGAGUGUUAUCGCUAAAUAUCGUGGUAAAAGAAAGAUGGAGAUGCCACCUCAUUUAUUUGCUAUUGCUGAUAAUGCUUAUCAAUCUAUGGUACAAGAACGUGAAAAUCAAUCAGUUUUGAUUACUGGUGAAUCUGGUGCUGGUAAAACAGAAAACACAAAGAAAGUCAUUAUGUACUUUGCCCAAGUUGCUGCCAUGGGACAAAAAGGUGAUGAAGAAGAAGAAAAGAAAGACGAGAAAAAGGGUACACUAGAAGAUCAGAUUGUACAAUGUAAUCCAGUACUUGAAGCUUACGGUAACGCCAAAACAACCCGUAAUAACAACUCUUCUAGAUUCGGUAAAUUCAUCCGUAUCCAUUUUGGUACCCAAGGUAAAAUCUCUGGAGCUGAUAUUGAACAAUAUUUAUUGGAGAAGUCUCGAGUAACAUAUUGUCAACCAGCUGAAAGAAAUUACCAUAUUUUCUAUCAACUUUUAUCUAACGCUAUUCCUGCUUAUCAUGAGAAAUUAUUGGUCAGUCCUGAUCCAGCUUUAUAUUCAUUUAUCAACCAAGGUUGUUUAACUGUUGAUAGUAUUGAUGAUACACAGGAAAUGAAAGAUACUGACAAAGCUUUCGAUGUCCUGGGAUUCAGUGAAGAUGAAAAGUUGAGUUACUUAAAAUGUACUGGUGCCAUCGUCCAUUUCGGUGAAAUGAAAUUUAAACAGAGAGGCGAACAAGCCGAAUCUGAUGGAAAUGCUGAAGCUGAAAAGGUCGCCUUCCUUUUGGGUAUCAACCCUGAAGAUUUACUGAAAGGAUUUUUGAAACCAAAGAUCAAGGUCGGAACAGAAUUUGUAACACAAGGUCGUACCAAGGAUCAAGUUGUAUAUUCAGUAUCCGCUUUAGCCAAAUCUCUGUAUGAUCGUAUGUUCAAGAGCAUGGUUGUUCGUGUCAACAAAACUUUGGAUACCAAGGCCAAAAGACAAUUCUUCAUUGGUGUACUGGAUAUUGCUGGUUUUGAAAUCUUUGAUUUCAACAGUUUUGAACAGUUAUGUAUCAACUACACCAACGAACGUCUUCAACAAUUCUUCAACCAUCACAUGUUCGUGUUGGAACAAGAAGAAUACAAGAAAGAAGGAAUUGAAUGGGAAUUUAUUGAUUUCGGUAUGGAUUUACAGGCCUGUGUUGAUUUGAUUGAAAAACCUUUAGGUAUCUUAUCAAUCCUUGAAGAAGAAUGUAUGUUCCCUAAAGCUAGUGAUAAAUCAUUCAUGGAAAAACUCUACCAAAAUCAUCUUGGUAAAUCACCCAACUUUGGUAAACCAGUCGGCAAGAAAGUCAAGGGUGAAGCUCAUUUUGAACUUCAUCAUUAUGCUGGUACUGUACCAUACAGUAUUACUGCUUGGUUAGAAAAGAACAAGGAUCCUUUGAAUGAAACUAUUGUUGAAUUGUUGAUGCACUCCAAGGAAGCUUUGGUCCAGACUCUGUUUGCUCCUUCUGAACCUGCUGCUGCUUCCGGUGGACCUGCUAAGAAGAAGAAGAGUUCUGCUUUCCAGACUAUCUCUGCUACCCACAGAGAAUCUUUGAACAAAUUGAUGAAGAACUUGUACAGUACUCAUCCUCAUUUUGUACGUUGUAUUAUUCCUAAUGAAUUUAAACAACCUGGUGAGGUCGAUGCUCAUUUGGUUCUUCACCAGCUUCAAUGUAAUGGUGUAUUGGAAGGUAUCCGUAUUUGCCGAAAGGGAUUCCCUAAUAGAUUGGUUCACUCUGAAUUCAAGCAAAGAUAUUCUAUACUAGCUCCUAAUGCUAUACCUGAUGGUUUUGUUGAUGGAAAAACUGUUGCCGGUAAAAUUCUUGUUGCUUUAGAGAUGGAUCCUAAUGAAUACAAAUUGGGUUCCACCAAAGUCUUCUUCAAAGCUGGUGUUUUGGGUUAUCUUGAAGAUCUUCGUGAUGAAAGAUUAAGCUCUAUCAUCGCCAUGUUCCAAGCUCACAUCAGAGGUUACUUGGUACGACGAAAUUACAAGAAAUUGUGUGACAAAAGAAUCGGUCUAUCUGUGAUCCAGAAGAACAUCCGUAAAUGGUUAGCUAUGAGAAACUGGCUCUGGUGGAAGAUGUACGUCAAAGUAAAACCACUCUUGAACGUUGCU